AUGUCUUUUUUCCGCAGAAGAAUGCCAUAUUCAAUAGGUGCCGAUGUGCUACCGGAAGAAAAGGAAGGGCUCAAACAACGGCUCCGGCCGGAGGAGGAAAGGAAACUUACUGCGGAUAUGCUCGAAGUUUACGAACGGUUAUUGCCUUCGGCGGAGAGCGAGAGCCGACGCCGGAGACUUGUCCGUAAGCUGGAGGAUCUUUUCAACCGGCAGUGGCCCGGUUGCGACAUCAAGGUUCAUGUUUUUGGAUCGUCCGGCAAUAAACUGUGUUCUAGCGACUCGGAUGUCGACAUUUGUAUAACUACAACCUGCAAGGAGCUAGAGCAUGUGUGUUUAUUAGCGGAUGUGCUUGCAAAGAAUGGGAUGGAGCGAGUUGUCUGCAUCUCUCAUGCAAAAGUUCCCAUUGUGAAAAUCUGGGAUCCAGAACUACGCCUAGCAUGCGACAUGAACGUCAACAAUACGAUGGCGCUGGAAAAUACACGAAUGGUACGGACAUAUGUGGAGAUCGAUGAACGAGUACGGCCGUUGGCAAUGAUCAUCAAGCAUUGGACAAAACGCAGGAUACUUAACGACGCUGGUCUCGGUGGCACGUUAAGUUCCUAUACCUGGAUUUGCUUGAUCAUCAAUUUCUUACAGACUCGAGAGCCUCCAAUUUUACCCAGCCUCCAAGCUCGACCCCAUAAGAAGAGGCUGACCGCCGAUGGUUUGGUGUGCUCGUUCGACGACGAUCUGGACUCAUUGGUGGGAUACGGAAAGCAGAACAAGCAGUCAUUAGGAGAGCUGUUCUUCCAAUUCUUUCGCUACUACGGCCACGAACUGGAUUUUGAGAAGUACGUCAUCUCGGUGCGCGAGGGAAGAUUAAUAUCCAAAGAGGGAAAGGGCUGGCACCUACUGCAAAAUAACCGUCUUUGCGUGGAAGAGCCUUUCAACACAAUACGAAAUCUGGGUAAUACGGCCGAUGAUACUUCAUUCAGGGGGGUCCAUAUGGAGCUGCGCAGAGCAUUUAAGGCCCUCUCAGACGGUAACUUUGAGCUCUGCUGUGAGCAGUACGAGUAUCCCCCGGAGGCCGAGCGCUCAUGGGAAAGGCCGGCUCCUCAGCCACGGCCGGUUGUCACCACGGCUCCGCCACCUUCUCGGGGUGGUCGUGGUGGCGGCCGAGGUGGGCGACAUUCGAAUCAAUACAGUCGAGGCGGACACUCUGGCGGUCGUCGAAGUUCAAACGCCGCCAACAAGAAUCACUUCCGCCAAGCCAACAACGGAAUGAGCGCGUCUGAACUGUCGCUUCAGGCGCAGCAUGCACAAUACCUGCUCCACGACCACCUGUAUCAGCAAAUUCAAAUACUUCAGGCACAGGAACAAGAACUACGAUUACAAUUGCAGAAUCAGGCGCUGAUCACUGGACGGCCUCCACCCGUCCUUAUCCGCCAGCCCUUCAUUCAAUUCCCAGUACCCGCGCAGGAAACGUCAGGCGAUGAUAGCUCACGCUCGAGGUCCGGCUCGAGAUCUGGCGCAGUGAAUCAUCAGCCUAUCAGCGUGCCGUCUCGACAAAAUGUCUAUUACAACUCCACGUACCUUCCAGUUGCCGUGCCAGGAGGACCAGGAAGCAAUACAAACCCGCCGUCGCCGUCCGCCGCCGCUGCAAUGCCUGAUCUCCGCCGUAACCCACGUCGGUCAUCGGUUGCCAAUGGUUCUCCCAACGGCUCCCUUAGAGCUCACUCGCAGCCUGCCCGCCCCGUCAAUUCUCUUCCCAACUUUGCCCCUCUCUAUUCAAUUUCUCAACCAACCGAGACAUCACAGUCCUCGAAGCAGCGCCACCCGUCCGGUGCCUCGGAUGACUCAUUGAGUGAGGAAGAUGGUACAUCCAUGCCCAACAGCUUGCCCAACAGAACCUUGUUCAUCGACGAAGCUCGAUCCAACGAUUAUAUGACAUACUACUUCGGCGGUUCUCCACAACUUCAUGCUUACCACCAAAAUGCAAUGCUUUCGCCCAUGUCAGCAUCGCUUGGGCUGGCUUUACCGAACGGCGGCAUUGUCCCCUGGGUUGGGAACCCCCAGGAAUAUAUGUCGGCUGCCCCAGGAGCUGAAAGUUAUGGCCAUUCGUUCGACAAUGGCUCGAUUACAUCUCCGAAAUCUGGUCAGUCGCAGCAAAGAAUGGGAUCCCGAACUGCCGCCUCGAGCGAUCGCGGAGGGCCAUUAAUCGUGGAUGGAUCGGUGCCUCCAAGUGAGCAACGGAUGUCGAUUCCCGCUGACCAUUAUGAACACUACGGCUUGAUGUCUCACUGUCCAUCGAAUUCCGAUGACCAGAACACCGAUACUCCUGCCAGUGUGUCGGAUUCUUUCUCUCAGGACUUCCAGGACAGUAGCUCGGUAGAAAUUGAUCCGAGUCCCUUUUUCAGCCGCCAAGGAUUUGACUCCCACGCAAUGGGAGGUCCCGCUGAUGUUUUUGUAAAUGGCCAUUCGGGAAAGCAGAGUCUGCUUUCUAGUCGACUCCAAGGUCUUCAUCUCUCGAAUGGUGAGAAAGUCGAUAUCGCGUCAAAAUCUGCACAAGACAAACCGAAGGCUGUCGUACCACACAACGACGCUGUCGAGAGGGAAGCACCUCGUGCGAAGAAUCAUCACGCGGUUGAUAAAGGACCAUCGGCUUCGAGCUUCUCCCAUGCCGCAGACUCACACAUUGCAUCGCCAAAUGGGAGGCGCCGACACCAUGGCUCAGAUACGUCGGAGAAGGUCAACGGGACCGCACACAAGGGUAAACCUAGGAAUCAAACAUCGUCCACUGCAUCGAAUGAUCAAAAAGAACGAAAUGCUGGUGGUCCAAGAAAACCUAAUGCUGCUGGCUUAACGCCGCAGGACUCCAAUCAUAGCCACGCGAAUUCCGGCUGGCAGACGACCAAACGAAAGAACAAAAAGAACAACAAGCUGUUCUCGGACCACCGCCACGGGCUUCAGAAUGGCGCGGAGCCCCUACCAAUCGAUGAGUCUUUGAGGAAAGGGGGCUAG